AUGGCGGACAUUUUGAGGAAGUGUUUGAAAGACCCAUACUCUGACAUAGCCUUGGAAAGGAGUAAGAUGCAUCUACGGGAAACAAUAUACAAGGAUGGAAAACCAAUCAGUCAAGAGCUACAUGAAGAAUUUCAGAAGGCCUUCAAAAGCUUGGGAAAUAGUAAGGAAUGA